AUUUCAGUAAAAUGUUGGUUUAAAAUGGUCUUGUUGUUCAGAUUAAGAAGCGUAAAAAUGGAGCAACGCAAGCUGAAUGAUCAAGCAAACUCGCUUGCGGACCUUGCGAAGACUCAAAAUACCAUGUACGACCUGAUUUCGGAUCUGAACGAAAGGGGCGAAGACAUGGAGAAGAGGAUCUCCCACCUUGAGACCAGGCUGGAGACCCUGCUGGACAGCCUUCGGGCCUUGCCCGGAUUGAUAAGCCAGAUCAUUAGCGAGCAGCACAUGGACUUCCUGGAGUUUCAUGUGCAGCCUUUUGAUAAACUCAACUCCCACAGCCCGGACCGUUCCCAUUCUCUGUCCAGGAGGAAGUCCACGUCCACUGCACCAGCAACCUCCUCAGAGAGCAACUAGAGUCCAACCCAAACACUACAGACCUUUUCUGCAUAUAUGCAUACGAUGAGAAGCAAUAUUAUUUUAUUAAAGCAUUUUAAAAUAA